AUGUCCAGUCAGCGUCUUGUCUUAGGCCUCCCCCGAGUCCUCCCACCACUCCCGCCGUCCCCAGCUCCUCCGUGUGGUCCUUGUGUCCAGGGUCGGCUUCGCGCCACCCCCCACUCCUCCUCCCUUCGUCCGGCCACCGAGCCCUUCCAGACACUCCACUUAGACGUCUGGGGCCCCGCCUCCCGCCUUGGCCCUGAGCGGGAGAGUUUCUUUCUGGUGGUCGUUGACGAUUACUCUCGGUACACCACCGUGUUCCCCUUGGCGAAGAAGUCCGACGUGACUUCUACGCUGAUCCGGUGGCUCCUCGCCACCGAGGGCACUCGUGGUCGUCGUGUCAGUUGUCUCCACUCCGACCGUGGGGGUGAGUUUCGCUCCGGCAUUCUCGCCAGUUUCUGUGCUGAGCAGGGCAUCACCCAGUCCUGGACUCUCCCAGACUCUCCACAGCAGAAUGGGGUUGCUGAGUGCCGCAUAGGCCUGGUCAUGGAGAUCGCCCGCACCUCCAUGAUCCACGCCCGCGCGCCCCAUUUUCUGUGGCCCUACGCGGCUCGGUACGCCGCUCACCAGCUGAACCUCUGGCCUCGCGUCUCUCGGCCAGGGGCUUCACCGACCAGUCUUUGGACAGGGUCCCCUGGUGUUGCGUCGAGGUUUAGUGUCUGGGGCUGCUUGGCUCUUGUCCGCGACACCUCUGCGGACAAGAUCUCGCCUCGCGCCGUCCCCUGUGUCUUCCUUGGUUUCCCAGAGGGCUCCUCUGACUUCACCUUUUACCACCCACCCUCCCACCGGUUCUUUGACUCUCGUGACGUCCGUUUCGACGAGUCCGUCCCCUACUACGUCAGGUCUCUCCUCCUUCCCCACAGUCGUCCUCACAGCCUCCGCAGCAGCCGUCAGCGCUUCCUUUACCGGCCACUGCGGACUCUGAGGGUGUUGGUGCUCGGGGUGAGGGCUCUGGCGGUGCUCGCUCUGGGGGUGCUGGCGUUGGAGCUGUUCGUGCACCUACAGGAGCCGCCCGUUCUGGGGGUGUUGGCGUUGGCGCUGAGCGUGCACCUGCCGCGGCUGCCCGUUCCGAGGGUAUUGGAGCUGGUGGUGGUGCUGGAGCUGGUGGUGUUUCUGGAGCUGGAGAGUCUGAGGCUGGUGCUGGUGCCACUGGAGGCACCCCGACUGGGGGUGCGGGUCCACCUCCUACAGGUGCUAGUCGUGCUGCCGCAGGGGGUACACGCUCUGGGGGUUCUCAGCCGGGUGCUGUCGAGGGCGGAGCCGGUUCUUCUUCUUCGUCUCCUGAAACUACUCCUCCUCCUCACCCCUACCUGA